GAGCGCCGCUGCGUUAGCGCCGCCCCCGCCUCGGAGGUCUGCAACGGCCGCGUCCCUACGGCAGCCCCAGAGCGGGGCCCGGGCGGGCGGCGGCGGCGGAGCAUGGCCAGGCCCCUGCUGCUGCCCAUGGCCACAGGCAUGGCGGCUGCCGCAGCCCCAACCAGCACUGUGGGGGCACUGCCGGCAGCCGAGCCCAGAGCCAGCUGAGGACCAGCCUCCCUCCCCUGGACCAUCGUGGUUACCAGCUCCUGUCCCGUUCGGAUCCCUCCUGGAGCAGCUGCCCUUGCCCUGCCGCCGCCAUGAACGGGCUGUCCAUCAGCCAGCUCUGCUGCCUGUUCUGCUGCCCGCCCUGCCCCAGCCGCAUCGCUGCCAAGCUGGCCUUCCUGCCGCCGGAGCCCACCUAUGCCGUGGUGCCGGAGCCGGAGCCCGUGGGCAGCACCAGCACCGGCUCCCUGCGAGGUGUCACCCGCUGGAAGCUGCACCUGAAGGACCGGGCGGACUUCCAGUAUUCCCAGCGGGAGCUGGACAACAUCGAGGUGUUCGUCACCAAGAGCAGCCGAGGGAACCGUGUCGGCUGCAUGUACGUCCGCUGUGUGCCGGGAGCCAGGUACACGGUGCUCUUCUCUCACGGCAACGCUGUGGACCUGGGGCAGAUGAGCAGCUUCUACAUCGGGCUGGGCACCCGCAUCAACUGCAACAUCUUCUCCUAUGACUACUCAGGCUACGGCGUGAGCACGGGCAAGCCCUCGGAGAGGAACCUGUACUCUGACAUCGAUGCUGCAUGGCAGGCGCUGCGGACACGGUAUGGGAUCAGCCCGGAAAACAUCAUUUUAUAUGGCCAGAGCAUCGGCACAGUGCCCACAGUGGAUCUGGCAUCCCGCUACGAGUGUGCUGCCAUCGUGCUGCAUUCACCACUCACCUCUGGCAUGAGAGUCGCCUUCCCUGAGACCAAGAAGACCUACUGGUUCGAUGCCUUCCCCAACAUUGAGAAGAUCUCCAAAAUCACCUCUCCCGUCCUCAUCAUCCAUGGCACGGAGGACGAAGUCAUCGACUUCUCUCAUGGCCUGGCACUGUUUGAACGCUGCCCCAAGGCCGUGGAGCCACUGUGGGUGGACGGGGCCGGGCACAAUGACAUUGAACUCUACAGCCAGUACCUCGAGCGCCUUCGGAAAUUCAUCUCCCAGGAGCUGGCCAGCCAACGCAACUAGCCAUGGGGCAAGGGGGGGUCCCAGGCUCUCACUGUGCUCCCCAGUCUCUGCUGCUGGAGGUGCAGUGAGUUUGUACAGCCUCAGGAGAGGGCAGGAGGCCCUGCAGUGGAUGGUGCGUUCCCUCUUGGACACGAGCACAACUCUCUCCUGGUGGCACCACUGGCAAGAGAUGGCAGCUCCCUCCUUCCCCCUUCCUCAGAGCCCAUCAGAUGGCCUAUCCUUGGCUUUGGACACGUCCUCAUCCCCUCUCCUAAACCAGCGAACUCCUGAAUCCCUCCUGGCUGCUCUGCUGCUCUGACUAUAGCAAUAAGGCAAGCUGGAGAGGGCUGGGGGGGUCCGGCCUCCGCCCCAGGGAUGGGAUGGAGGACGUGGCAGUUCCUGCUCUGGACUGAGCUUUCCCAGUGGUGGCACUGGGGUGCCUGGUGUUCACCUGUGCCUGGGGCAGAGCUAUGUCCCCAAGGGGAGUCUGGGGACAGGCGGAGGAGGUGUCCCUGUCCCACAGGCUCCAGUCUGGCUCCGCUCUGCCCUUUCAGAGCGCUCCCCAUGUUCAGGUCAUCCCUGGAACCUCCUCUGUAGCCCUGGGAAACAGGGCGAGAGCACCAGGCACUGAAUAAAGAGCAGAGGUUGAAUGUUUUA